CCCCCGGCCCGGCCGCACCACCCGCUGGGACCAUGGCGAAGAAGAACGCCGAGAACGGCAUCUACAGCGUGUCCGUAGACGACAAGAAGGGUCCGCUGAUCGCGCCCCUGCCCGACGGGGCCCCGGCCAAGGGCGAUGGCCCCGCCGGCCUGGGGGCGCCUGGCGGCCGCCUAGCCGUACCUCCGCGCGAAACCUGGACCCGCCAGAUGGACUUCAUCAUGUCGUGCGUGGGCUUCGCCGUGGGCCUGGGCAACGUGUGGCGCUUCCCCUACCUGUGCUACAAGAACGGCGGAGGUGUGUUCCUUAUUCCCUACAUCCUGAUCGCCCUGAUUGGAGGAAUCCCCAUUUUCUUCUUGGAGAUCUCGCUGGGCCAGUUCAUGAAGGCCGGCAGCAUCAACGUCUGGAACAUCUGCCCCCUGUUCAAAGGCCUGGGCUACGCCUCCAUGGUGAUCGUCUUCUAUUGCAACACCUACUACAUCAUGGUGCUGGCCUGGGGCUUCUACUACCUGGUGAAGUCCUUCACCACCACGCUGCCCUGGGCCACGUGCGGCCAUACCUGGAAUACUCCCGACUGUGUGGAGAUCUUCCACCACGAAGACUGUGCCAAUGCCAGCCUGGCCAACCUCACAUGUGACCAGCUUGCUGACCGCCGGUCCCCUGUCAUCGAGUUCUGGGAGAACAAAGUCUUGCGGAUCUCCGGGGGACUGGAGGUGCCAGGUGCCCUCAACUGGGAGGUGACCCUGUGUCUGCUGGCCUGCUGGGUGCUGGUCUACUUCUGUGUCUGGAAGGGGGUCAAGUCGACAGGAAAGAUCGUGUACUUCACCGCUACGUUCCCCUACGUGGUCCUUGUGGUGCUGCUGGUACGUGGAGUGCUGCUGCCUGGCGCCUUGGAUGGCAUCAUCUACUAUCUCAAGCCUGACUGGUCGAAGCUGGGGUCCCCUCAGGUAUGGAUAGAUGCUGGGACCCAGAUUUUCUUCUCUUAUGCCAUUGGCCUAGGGGCCCUCACAGCCCUCGGCAGCUACAAUCGCUUCAACAACAACUGCUACAAGGACGCCAUCAUCCUUGCACUCAUCAACAGCGGGACCAGCUUCUUCGCUGGCUUCGUGGUCUUCUCCAUCCUGGGCUUCAUGGCUGCAGAGCAGGGCGUGCACAUCUCCAAGGUGGCAGAGUCAGGGCCUGGCCUGGCCUUCAUCGCUUACCCCCGGGCCGUCACGCUGAUGCCCGUGGCCCCACUCUGGGCUGCCCUGUUCUUCUUCAUGCUGCUGCUGCUGGGCCUUGACAGCCAGUUUGUAGGUGUGGAAGGCUUCAUCACAGGCCUGCUGGACCUCCUCCCGCCCUCCUACUACUUCCGUUUCCAAAGGGAGAUCUCUGUGGCCCUCUGCUGUGCUCUCUGCUUUGUCAUUGACCUCUCCAUGGUGACUGAUGGCGGGAUGUACGUCUUCCAGCUGUUUGACUACUACUCGGCCAGUGGCAUGACCCUGCUCUGGCAGGCCUUCUGGGAGUGCGUGGUGGUCGCCUGGGUAUACGGAGCUGACCGCUUCAUGGACGACGUGGCCUGCAUGAUUGGGUACCGUCCUUGCCCCUGGAUGAAAUGGUGCUGGUCCUUCUUCACCCCGCUGGUCUGCAUGGGCAUCUUUAUCUUCAAUGCUGUGUACUUCAAGCCACUGGUCUACAACAACACCUACGUGUACCCGUGGUGGGGCGAGGCCAUGGGCUGGGGCCUGGCGCUCUCCUCCAUGCUGUGUGUGCCCCUCCACGUGCUGGGCCGCCUCCUCACGGCCAAGGGGACCAUGGCUGAGCGCUGGCAGCACCUGACGCAGCCUGUCUGGGGCCUCCACCACUUGGAGUACAGAGCUCAGGACUUGGAGGUCAGGGGCCUGACCACCCUGACCCCAGUGGCUGAGAGCAGCAAGGUGGUGGUGGUAGAGAGUGUCAUGUGACAGGGCCGGCUCCCAGUGCCAGCUCUCCCUCUUGUAGCCAUAGCAGCCCCUGCUUUAGCGCCUCCAACCCCUCCAGGGGGCUUGCCUUUCCCUGACACUUCUGGGGUCUGCCUGGGGGGGGAGGGGAGGAAGCACCAUGAGUGCUUGUAACUAAAAUAACUUUUUCCAUUUUUAAUAAAAUGCCAAAAAUACCA